UCUAAAUAACUUCAUAAAAAUGCCUUUGCAUUAUUUGUGCUUCAUUAGAAAUAGUGUAUGCAUUUGUGCCUGAUGUUUCUAAUAUAUUUGUAUCCUUGUUUGGCAUCAGUAUUUACAGACGGCUCUGCGCACCUGGAUGAAGUACAUCUGGUAUGCAACACUAUCACAGUUUGUAACAAUAGCGGUGGCAUAAGAGCUGAUGAUCAAAGUUCUGACACCUAGAAAUAGAUAUUGCAGUGGCAAUGUUUUCAGUUUUGCAGGACUUUGUCCUGUCCCUUACGGAUUCAUCGCAACCUUUGAAAUAACAGAGGGAACCGAGCGCUCAGGCUUUGAGACUAUAUUUCUAGCAAAAGCAUAUGGCUGAAUAAAAGCCGACCUGAGCUUCCUUGGCCACUACAGUGCUUGAGGAAGUCCAUGCAUUUUAGUGAUGACAUACGAUGUUUCUGCAGAUUUAGCAGUUACGAGGCUUCUGGGCUGCGAUACUCCCAACUCCCCAAACCACCCAUCGGGCAAAUAUAUCUUCCCUCCACCACAAGGACAGCAGGGGAGAUGCUUUCAGAUAUGUCUCGGAAAAGGAAUUCAAAGUCAAAUGUCACUUUUUCUUGUGUUUAAUCAGGAUGAUUCUGAGGUGUCUCUCCAUAGUUCUCUAUUCAGACUACAGUUUUAUGUUUAGGGAUGUAACCACAGUCUAGUCUUGUUAUUUGCAGGCUUGUAAGAUUACUCUGAGAUAAGCACAGUAUUUUUCCAACUGAACUGUUCCACCCACUAUUGCAGCCCUGUGAACCUGAGCAGCAUCGAAGCAGCUGUUAGUGAUACUGGUUGGUUUUAGGCUCUUUAUUAGGGGUGAUGUCUAAGGCAGAAAGAGCAAGCCAAGAUCCCGAGCCUAGACCAUGGUAUCUAACAGCAAAUACCCACCUUUUGUUGUGAGGUGGCAUGCUUGUUCACCCUGGCAUCGUAGGAGGCAGAACCCUAAACUCCUUCUGCUAAAUAAAAAGUGCCAGGGUUUACAAUUGCCUGCCAGAGAGCCAUCCCAGCUGGAUCCUAGGGCAGGACCGUGCUGCUGCGACACUGUGGUUUAACACUUACCAGAGGCUGUGUCACUGAAAGCAUCUGUGCAGAGUACAGAGAUGGGGCAUUGGGCUGAUUUAUGCUCAUGGCAGACAGGGCCACUCCACCUCUCUAAUCAGCAGUAUCCUCCCGGAAAAAAAAAAAACUGUACUGGGAAGGGGAAUCAGACAGGAAAGGGCCAUCAUGGUCCAUAUAUUCAGGUCCUACAAGCUGGGUGUAUUAGAAAAAUUUCCUGGCCUGCAGCUUAAUGCAUUUCAGGAGACACAGUAGGUAUCUAGUCCUUUUACUUGUUGUGAUUAUGCACUAGCGGGAGAUCCUGGGGACCAUAGCUGGUGUCUCACAUUUUAUCCCUGACCUGUCCUUUCCUCCUGUUGUUUUCAAUCACAGAAAUCAUCUGUAGAGCUGCUCAGAAAGCAUGGACCAAAUAAAGCCAGUGCUAGGCACCCAGAGAAGGACAUUGAGGGCCAGCUGUUGGAAGGUUACCAUUGCUGCUGCCAUUGUGGGUAGCAUGACAGCCCUCUACCUGGGGAUCCUGCUGGCCUGUCAUCCUUCAGUAGAGACCAGCUUUGAACACACAGUGGAGCUGAGAGGAAUAGCAUUCAACAGCAGCUUGCAAAUGGAAAACUCGGACUAUUACAGGGUGCUGACACCUGCUCUCGAGAGGCUGUUCCUAUCCAGUUUUCAGGACUCCCAGCUGCACUCGAGCUGCACUGGUUGCACCAUCCUGGGCUACAGGAAUGGAAACUCGAGUGUGAUUGUCCGUUUCCGCCUCCGCUUUGGCCCCCAGGAUUCCCAGCCUCUGAGCUCUACAGUGGAGGAAGAAGCUCUCAGAUAUGGGCUGGCUGCUGCCCUGCGUGAGCAAGGUCUCUCCCUGGCUGCCUAUGGGACUAUAUCCUCAGCUUCCCUUACAGGCCCAAGCGAGGUUUCUCCAUACAGAUCUGGACUGAAAACAGGGAGCUGCCCUGGAGACAGGUUUACUUGCCGCAGCACCCAAUGUAUGUGGAAAAAAAAAAAACCCCUAGAAUGUGUUGGUCAAAAGGACUGCUCUGAUGCCUCUGAUGAAAAGGGCUGUGACUGUGGGAGCCGCCCUGCCAUGCAGACUGCCACCAGGAUAGUAGGAGGUUCGGAAGCAUCCAGAGGGGAGUUUCCAUGGCAAGUCAGCCUGCGAGAGAACAAUGAGCACUUCUGUGGUGCCGCAAUCCUCACAGAGAAAUGGCUGGUGUCUGCCGCUCACUGCUUUACUGAGUUUCAGGACCCAGCCAUGUGGGCAGCUUACACUGGGACCACUUCCCUCAGCAGUACAGACAGCGGCGCAGUGAAAAUGGACAUCGCAAGGAUCAUCUCGCACCCCUCCUACAAUGCAGACACAGCUGACUAUGAUGUGGCUGUGCUGGAGCUGAAGAGACCCGUGGCCUUCACUAAAUACAUCCAGCCCGUGUGCCUGCCAGAUGCUGGGCAUCACUUCCCCACCAGAAAGAAGUGCCUUAUCUCUGGCUGGGGCUACCUGAAGGAGGAUUUCUUGGUGAAGCCGGAAUUCCUGCAGAAAGCAACAGUGGAGCUCCUGGACCAGACACUAUGCUCCAGUCUCUACAGCCAUGUUCUCACAGAUAGGAUGCUGUGUGCUGGCUACCUGGAGGGGAAAAUUGACUCCUGCCAGGUGAGAAACUGCCCACGGGAGCUGGCACACCUCCCUAAAUGAGGCUUUUCCUUCCCCAUAUACACUCACAGGUUCAGGCAGUUCUUUUGGCUACUUAGUUAUUUUUCUCUAUUUCCUGAGUUGUAAAACAGGGCUGAUGUUACAGACCUACCUGGCAAGUCCUCAGAUUAAAGUCACCUUAGCACCGGCUAAGGGCAACAGUGGAAGCUAAAACAUGCACAAAAGUUUUUGAUGAACAACUUAGUUAGCAUUUAUCCAGCCUGAAACUGCAUGCAGUCACCUGGAGAAAAUCCUGACUUCCACAAUGUGUAGGGAGAAAGCACUUUGUUGUGAGCCAGGGCAGCUAAAUCAGAGAUGCUCUGAUGCUUCUGCUCCUCUACUUAAGACCUGCUGGCAGUGAGAGUGCUGAACCUCCCAGCUUUGAUUUUUAUGGAAAAGAGAGACAGG